ACCACCUUUACAAUGGUGUGGUGAGUCUGAAGGUGACAGGGUGUGAACGUUCCAACUCUGUGAUGCAUUGUUAAGGAUGCAACUGACGAUUACCGCGCUGGUUUCAUUCCACAUCCAUACCAAUCGUAGGUCAAAUACCGAGGAAUUCUGGAAAGCUCAUGAGAAGAAAAGAAGGUGCAUUCCUCGACGUUCGAGCCCAUUUCGCAAAAUGAAGAACCCGAGUCUCGCACGGCCGACAAACACGCAAAUGCCGUUCGCAUCAAUGUUUGAUGCGAACAGGGUCUCCAGAGUCAAUUCUUUCGGAGAAAUAAAAGCAACCAAUCACUGCCAUUCGGAGAGCGAAAAGCAACCCAUUUUUGGUGAAAACCCUCGUUGCCAUGGUCAGAUUUCCGGCGCCGACACGAACACACCGCAAGACGCUGCAAUAAAAAGCAGGAUAAGAUGAAGAUCUCCUCAGUCCUUUCUUGCGUGUUGCUUUCCGACUCUCAUCUCAACAGGCCGCACACUCCUGGCCUUGCCUUUCAUUCACACGACACAUUCGUUUUAUAACUAAAGCCCACUAACACCCUCCUUCUUGCUCCCCGCCCCCAGCCGUCCAAUCCGACCAUGAAAUUCAGCGUGACUCUCGUUUCUCUUACUCUUCUCUUGGCAGGAUCUGUCGAGGCUGCUCAUGUCAAGCGCGGUAACAACCAUCGUCGCCACAACGGUCCGUCCGCCACUUUCAUCGCGCCGACAAGUCAACCCACCGCAACUGCUAUCCCCUCUCCCGCUCCCUCUUCCCCCAGCACCGGCGAUGGAGCUAGCAAGCGUGGUCUUGCUUUUAACGAUGUUAACUUGACCAAGAACUUCAACUCCCCCAAGGUCACCUGGGCGUAUAACUGGGCGUCGUCGCAUCAGGGCGAUCUCCCCGGUGGCGUUGAGUUCGUGCCUAUGCUUUGGAGCGCUGACGGCAGCAAGACCAACGUCUGGCAAGAUGAUGCCACGGCCGCUAUUGCCUCAGGCUCGAAAUAUCUACUUGCCUUCAACGAGCCCGACCUUGGUGCCCAAGCCAACAUGUCACCCGAAGUUGCCGCCGAAGCGUACAAAACCUACGUGAACCCUUUCGCCGGUAAGGCCAAGCUUAUCGCUCCUGCUAUCACCAAUGGUGGUGCUCCUAUGGGUACCGACUGGCUUGACCGGUUCUUGGCUGCGUGUGGUACCGAUUGCCACAUUGAUGGUUUCGCAUUCCACAUUUACGACUCUGCAAGUAACACCGAUUAUUUUAAGACCUACAUCAGCGACUUUGUCUCCAAGUACAGCAAAGAUGGGAAAGAGUGCCUUCUCACCGAGUUUGGCGCCAGUGGUUCUUCCGAGGAACAGCAACAGUUCUUGAACCAAAUCCUGCCCGUCCUCGAUAGUCUCGAUGGUCUCACCCAUUACGCCUACUUUGGCACCCUGCCCGGUUCGCUUGUCAAUGGAGAUGCAAGCCGUACUGCCAUCGGUGAUACUUACGUCUCUGUAUAAACGUCAUAGACUUUCUCCCACUUCUUCCCUUCUUUCAUACCCUCAUUCGGUUCGUCAAGAUCGUUUGACACGCUCUAUUCGCUUGCUUGCUAGAUCGUUAGAAUCUUUUGAAGGGUCGGAGCUGAUCUGCCCCUGCCCCAUUACUAGUACAGUAACUGCUUUUACUGUUGGCUGUUAGUUGUUUAUACCAGUAAAUUUCGUGUGCUUUCCUGGCUUAAUGCAAAGAGACUGAACAUACGGUGCGUGUGAAGACAGUGUUAUAGUGUUCGUCUAUCUAUUCGACGCUGUCCCGAAGAGGGGAUGUGCGCUCCAAUAGUGUUGAUGCAAUGGUUAGACAGAUAUAUCCUUAGGUAUGAGAAUUUAUGUCUCUAUCUACUACGUACAGUACUUAGUCCUUAAGAAGUGAGAUCCAUCGUUUCACUCAUCGGGGUCGGUUUGGCGACAGUUAACGUGUAAUUAAAAUGUAGCACUCCGCCGACUACGGCUUCGGUGGCUAGAAAGUGCACCACAAUUUCGCGGCACAAGGGGGUGUAAAAGAUUGCAAUGCC